AUGGGUACACCGAUAGCACCGGCAAAACUUAACAUUGGCGACAAGGUGAAGGACACUUGGAUUGUGAAGAAAAAACUCGGAGAAGGUGAGGGAGUGGUGAAGUUUUCAAAGUUUUUUAUAUUGGGGAGGGGGCACUUUUGGUCUGGGGGCGAGGCAUGAAUCUCGAAUGCCCUGUACAGAGCAGGGCAUUGCAGGGCAUAUGAUGGAAAUUUGCCACGCCCUAUCCUGUGUCGAAGCCUGGGCGGGGGUCGAAAAAAUCCACAGAGGGCCCACGUUCAACUUUUUCAAAAAUUUUUUUUGAGGAGGGGUACCUUUGUCACCCUCCUUGCGCCCGGCUCUAGGUGGCAGAGCGGGGGGGGGGUGUUUUAUACAGAGGUUUGAAUGUAUUAGGUUGUUCAAUUAAUUCUGCGCUCCCUAAAAAAAUGAAAAAUUACAGGAACAUUUCAAUUGAGAAAGGGCUCAGAAUUAUUUGAACAAACCUAAUAGAGUCAUUUAACUCCGAACAUUUGCUUUCAAAAGAGGCUCAAACUUAUUUGAACAACGUAACAUAUAAUAUAAUAUUCUCAGGAUCCUGUGGCAUGGUAUUCCUGGUCCAAAGCGUCAAGCUCUCCGGCCCCGAGGGCAAGGCCGCGAUGAAAGUGGAGCCAUUCAUGAAGUCGAAAGACGACGAAAUCCUCAAAAUGGAAGUGUUCGUGCUGAAGAAGGUGCAAAAGUCUAAGCACGCGUGCAAAUUGUUAAUGGCUGGGAAGGACCGCAACUUUAGUUUCUUGAUCAUGUCGUUGUUGGGCAAGGAGUUGAGCGAACUCCGCCGUCGAUAUUACCCCGACCGGAAGAUGGGACCAGUAGCGUCGUUGAGGGUUGGCGUACAGGCUUUGCAGGUAAGAGAAAGUUGAUUUUUUUUUAAAUUCUGAGGUUUGUAAAGAAAGUUCUUGCUAUUUCUUGUUUUGUAAAGGAAGUUCUUGCCGUUUUUUGUAUUGUAAAGAAAGUUCUUGCUAUUUUGUAUUUUGUAAAAAAAGUUCUGGCUAUUUUUUGUUUUGUAAAGAAAGUUCUUGCUAUUUUGUAUUUUGUAAAGAAAGUUCUUGCCGUUUUUUGUAUUGUAAAGAAAGUUCUUGCUAUUUUGUAUUUUGUAAAGAAAGUUCUUGCUAUUUUUGUCUAUGAAACUUAUUUUAGGCUAUCAGAGACCUCCAUUCGGUGGGUUUUGUUCACCGUGAUGUAAAACCGACAAACUUUGCCUGCGGCCAUGCCAAUCGGCACAUUAUCUACAUGUUCGACUAUGGACUGUCACGACAAAUUAUGACAAAUGAAGGUGGAAAACUCAAGCUACGCGAACCCAGAGAAAAGGUAUCGUUCCGUGGCACGGUACGCUACUGCUCACUGAAUGUUCACUUGUACAAAGAACAGGGAAGGCACGACGACUUGUGGAGCAUAUUGGUAAGGUUUAAUGGUGAUAUUGGGUAGAGAAUGAUAGGUUAGCGUAGGGUAAAGUAGGGUAGGGUAGGGUAGAGCAUAGUUUACUAAAUUUACAUUUCAGUUUAUGUGUAUCGAGCUAUGUACAGCCACAUUACCAUGGAAAGGAAUGUCACGGAAAGAAUCAGGAGCCGUCAAAGCUAACGUCACCGAUGCCGCACUCUGUAAAGACUGCCCACCAUCGUUCAUGGAGAUUACAAAGAUGCUGAAGUCGUAUGAAUUCAAAACCACACCAGCCUAUGACACAAUAAAGGGACUGCUAAUGAGAGACAUUCAGAAUCUGAAGGGUAAUAUGAAUGAUCCAUUCGAAUGGGAAAAGACUGACAAAAAGGUGGAGAAGAAGAACGAGGAGAAAGAUCAUGAUGAAAAGGCCGAAAUUGAUCAGGUAAGGCAUUACUAUAGUAAAUUUUUGAGACUUUAGUGAGUUUCAGGUUUUCGUGGUGGGACACAAUUGGUCAAAAUCUUUUUAUUUAGCAAGCUAAAGUGCAUUUUUAAGUAAAAAACUGGUCUCAACUACGUUUUUUGGUAAAAAUGAUGUUUUUUGAAAAAUUUUUAAAAAUCAUGUUUUUGUGGUGAGACCCGAUUUUUUGUUUUUUUAUUAAAACUUAUUCUUAAGGUAGUAAAAUGACAAUUUAAUACGUAUUGGGUGUUCUGUAACUAAUUUUUUAUACAUAAUAUUGAUAAAACAUGUUUUUUAAACAAAAUUUUGCUAAAUCAUGUUUUCGUGGUGGGACCCGAUGUUCUGAUUUUUUAGUUAAAAUUGAUUCAUAAGGUAGUAAAAUGAAAUUUUAAAGCGUAUUAUGUGUUUUAUAACUAACUUUUUAACAAACUUUUCAUAAAACACGUUUUCGUGGUGGGACCCACAUUUUUGGAAAUUUUUUAAAUGUGGGGAUAUUUGGCUAUUAUUUAUGUGUAGUGAAGUAAAAUACGUUUUCUGUAACUAUGUUUUACAGAGCGAAGACACAGACACAAAGAAAGACCUGGAAGAAUCGGUGGAAUCCCAAGCCAGCGACGACGAAUCCCAAACCAAAGGCUUUGCCAAAGAAGACACGCUGGACAAUGUGGCGGAGAUGAACAACAACAAGAGUAUUGAAACAACUAAAAAGUGA